AUGAGUAAAAAAAGUAUCGAUGCAGCAUUGUCCGAACAACUCGAUCGCAUCCGAUUGAAAAGUGACAACGUUAAAAACACCGUUCGUAGCGAAUUAGCCGUCACGGAAGACGAAAACGCAUAUCCCGAGGCCAAUAGUUAUGGCUACGAAAACGAUACCGAAGAAGGGUACGGGUUUUUCGAGGAUUGCGAAGAAGGAUUUGAAUUCUGCAAGAAGAAAAUGGUACAAUAUCAGCAACGGUCGAGAUCCGUAUUGGAAGAGGACUCGUUCCCCGAAAUCCCGCUGACCGACGUCGAAGCCAGAAAAUGUCUGAAUCGCAUCGGCCAAGUAGGAACUGGUUUAAUGUACGCUUUCGUUCAAAUCGAUGUCGACAAUAGAAACCUCACGAACAUCGAGGAAAUCACAAAGUUUAAGUAUUUGUCUUUGAUAAACGUGUCGCAUAAUCACUUGGGCUUGGACGCUUUGGACGUGCUCAGAGAGUUGCAGUACGUGGUUGUGGUACAUGCCGAUCACAACAACAUCGAUUCCCUUUGUCUGUCUCCAAUGCCGUAUCUACAGGUUUUGACCCUAAACUCGAACAGAGUCUCGUCGCUCUUGGGCCUUAAGCAACCGUCGCUAGAGUGUUUGGAACUGAACGACAACAACAUAUCUUAUCUGACCCAAGUGCCGAGCAAAAACCAUAAUAAAAACUGCUACAGUGAAGAAAUUGUUUGCCCAAAACUAUCCACAUUGGCAUUGUCCAGAAACGCCUUGGAUACAGUCGAACAAUUUGUGAUUGUAUCCAAUAAAUUACGUAUAUUGUACUUGAGCUACAACAAGAUUGACAAGCUAAAUGGAUUAGAUGAAUUACGAAAUCUGUCUCGUUUACACUUGCGUAGUAACCAGAUAUCGAACUUGGAUGGUUUCACUGAUAAUCUGAUGAAUUUGACAUACUUAAACUUGAGGGAUAACCGAUUAAGUGACGUAGAAGAGCUCAACAAAUUGGCGUGUCUCAAAUCAUUAAAAACGUUGGUGGUGUCAGAUAACAGUUUCAGCAAAAACUCGAUCAGAUCAAAGGUGCUGAAAUCGUUACCGUGGCUGGAGAGGAUUGACAAGGGAACUGUUAGCCCGGCUGAAAGGUGGCAUGGAAAGUCACACGGGGAGGAAGAAAAUGACGAGGAAAAUGACGAGGAGGAGGAGGAAGAUGAGGAGUGA